CUGGACUGCUCGAAUUUUCCGACAUGAGUAUGAUCACCUGGAGGGUGUCCUUUACAUCGACCAGAUGACUCCAAAAGCACUGAACUCAAUUGGACAAGAACUUUUGAAUCUGGAAGAGGAGUUUGAGAAGAGGUCUGGGACGCCUCGUCCCGAUGCGGUUAAAGACAAACUGUUAAGUUUGAUCCCGGUCGUCUCCUGUGAAGAUGCUCGGUUCGAUUACGCGCUCCGUUUUCAACUUACCGGAAACUUCAGCUGGCGAAGAACAAUAAGCCUAAAAGCGAAUCCAACCGGGCGAGUUUCAGAGUUGACGAUCCCGUGCCACACGAACUACCAUCUGAAAGCGAUAUGGCCAACCUUCAUAUCAUCCUGGUUAACGCUGAGAAGAGAAUCAGAGCACUGACUGCCUCCAAAACUACAUCGGUGAAAAAGGCCAGAAGAAGUGUGAAGAAGAAACAUGGC